AUUAUCUUGACUUCUGGCUUGACUCCAUAAAGUCGUUUAGUGGACCUUCUGCACAAGUUCUUGCGGUGGCUACGCAUACAGAAGGCAAGACGGGAGAGGAAAAAGACUCUUUUUGGGAGACUCUUUGGACAUUAGUACCAGAGGAUGAUAAGACCAGGCUUUAUGACAGGGACUUUGCAUUAGGACUAAUAGAGAUGAAUGAGGAAGCGAAGCAUGUUCUGCACAGUUUAAAAAAAUCAAUUUCUGAAGUAGUAUCACAAGGCAUGGAUACGAAAUUAGAAGUUCCAUCAGCCUGGGCACUUCUUGAACAUCUCUUACAAACAAAGGAAAAGCCUAUCUUGUCAAUUAGUGACAUCAACAAAGAGAAUAAGAAACUUUCAGAAGAAUAUCAAUUGAAAAGUCAAGAAGAAAUAUUUGAUUUUCUGUCUUUUUUCCAUGGACAUGGAUUGUUACUCUUUUUUAAGGAGGAGGGACUGAGAACCCACGCAGUUCUAGGCAUACAGUGGUUUUCUAACGCAUUCAGUAAGCUUAUUGCUGACAAGGAACACAUCAACAGGGACUGCAAACGAAGAUAUAUAGAAGAUUGGAACCAUUUCAAUGCGACGGGACAUCUGAGCAAUCCACUGUUAGAUUCUCUGUGGAAAGAAGAAUCGUCAUAUAUAGAACAUAAGACAAUACUUAUGUCAUACAUGGAGAGAUUACGGAUGUUAGUCAGCAUUGAAGGAGAAUCCUCCUGGUAUGUCCCCUGCAUGAAUAAAAAGCCUUUCACACACGGUCUCUUAAAACAGACACUAGAGAAAUCGUCCAUUCUGUGUUUUCGAUUUACUUCCUUUGCCAUGUUUGUCUUCUACAGGCUUAUUGCAUAUUGCAUGAGUUUCCUGAAGUGGAAAGUUCAGCUCGAUGGGUACAAAAGUCAAUGUCUGUAUCACACAGCGGCGAUUUUCGAAACCGAAAAUCACACAGUUACCGUUGGUAUAAUAAAUAACGAUAUCCAGGUGCAGGUAUUGCGGAUUAAUGAUCUACAGCUCAAGGUUUCCUGCAAAAUUGGAAAAUCCAUUCAAACUGCCUUAACAGAAUUGACAGCAACAUUUAAUGAGAAGAAAACCUUUCAAAAAGGUUACAAAUGCCUUAAUCUUUUCUGCUGUGAAAAGGAUCUAACUUUUAUUCCUGAGAAUGAACUUUCUGGAAGUCAAUGCAAUUGUCCUAUUGGGAAAGGAAAACACAAGAUAGAUGUUCAAUGGACUUUGGGAUUUUGGGAAGAUAGAAAUUCCAGUUGUCCCACAGUGCCAGUAGCUCCCAGACCAAACUUAGAUGGCCGAUCAAGAUUUGCUAAACUUGGAAUGGCAACAAACGAUGUGUUGAAUCAGGCAUAUAAAGACAUCAUCGAGUUAGAAAUCCUUCCUACUGUUUGUUAUAUAAAGGUUCAAUCACUUCCAACUAAAUUACAGCUGUACCCAGAGCAAGAACGUCUCUUGCAAGACGCCCAACAUACUGGGUAUAAGAAUUUUGAUAUUUCCUUAUCAUAUAAGAUAAUCAGAAACGUUUGCUCAAAGAUCCCUAAACCAACAAAAGGCAGAUGGGGACAAAACAAGAUGCCUGCACCGGGAGAGACUACAGUGGGUGAUGAUAUCGAGAGAAUUCGGUUAAUGCGAAACAGUUUAACGGGACACGUGAGCUCAGCGUCCACUUCUCAGACAGAAUUCGAUGACACGUGGUCUUUAAUGGCCGGUAUUUGCCAAAGAUUAGAAACCUUCACGAAGAAGAAGUACAUGGAUAAUUUAAUUUACAUUGAAAAUCUCAUCUUAAAAGAGAAGGAUGAAGAUGAUAUCAUAGAAAGGCUUAAAAAGGAACAUGACCGUGAAUUGUUGGAGAAAAUCAAUGCGGGUGUGCAAGAACUUACGACAAUUUGGAAGCCUGAAAGCAGAGAUUCUGCAGAUUACGAUUAUUAUUCGUGAUUAUUUUGAAUGAAGCCUGUACUCAUAUUCAAUUGUCAAAGCUCGAUAUUUGCCGUAUUCAUUAAAAGUGACCGAUCAACAACACAAGUGA